CGCGCGGCCGGAGCCCAGGGGGCGGAGGGCAGUGGCACCGCCAGGCCCCGGCCCGCGGGUGUCCGCCUGGCCCUGGCGCCCAGCCCCGCCGCCGCCGCCGCCGCCGGAGCCUCAGAGCGAGACGGCCUUCUGCUCAGCCAUGACCGAGCGUCCGUGCCUUCGACCCCGCCUCGGGCAACCGCAGCGGUGACCACGGCCAGCGCGGACUUGGGGGAGCGGCCACCCCAAGGGUUGAUGGCUGGCAUGUCGGGGCGACCGCCCAGCAUGUACUGGUGUGUGGGGCCGGAGGGGUCAGCCGUGAGUCCAGAACGCGCCAUGGACACGCACAAUGGUGCCGGGGACAUGGGCAGCAAGCUGGCCACACCGGACGGCGACCCCACUGGGCGGUGUCCCGGGACGGAAGACAUUCACGCCGCGUACAAGCGGGGAGACGCCAGCAGAGCCCGCCGCCUGCUCAGGGACGCCUGCGAUGAGUGCGCCUCCCAGCGGGAAAAGGGCCAGCUCCUGAGCAUCGCAGCGGCCUACGGGGACCUGGAGACCGUCCGGUAUCUUCUCACCGAGAGGCAGGUGGAGCUGCCGACGGAGCCCACGGAUGACAACCCCGCGGUGGUGGCGGCGCACUUUGGGCACACGGAUGUCGUGCAGGAAUUGCUCGAGUCUUUCCGAGGUCCCUGCAGCCUCCAGCGGCUGCUGAACUGGAUGCUGGCCCUGGCCUGCCAGCGAGGCCACCUGGGGCUGGUGAAACUCCUGGUCCUGACCUACGGGGCCGACCCCGAGAGCUACGCCGUCAGGAAGAACGAGUUCCCCGUCAUCGUGCGCUUACCCCUGUAUGCGGCCAUCAAGGCAGGGAAUGAAGACAUCGCCAUAUUCCUGCUUCGCCACGGGGCUUUCUUCUGCUCCUACAUCUUACUGGACAGCCCCGACCCCAGCAAACACCUGCUCCGGAGGUACUUCGUCGAGGCGAGCGCCCUGCCCAGCAGCUGCUCAGGGAAAGUGCCUCUCCGUGUGAAGUGGGCCCACCUCAAGCUGCCCUGGGUGGACAUCGACUGGCUCAUCGACAUCUCCUGCCAGAUCACGGAGCUGGACCUCUCCGCCAACUGCCUGGCCUCCCUCCCGUCCGUCGUGCCCUGGGGGCUCAUCAACCUGCGGAAGCUGAACCUCUCGGACAACCACCUGGGCGAGCUGCCCGGCGUGCAGUCCUCCGACGAAAUCAUCUGCUCCAGGCUCCUGGAAGUGGACAUCUCCAGCAACAAGCUGGCCCACCUCCCGCCGGGGCUCUUGCACCUCUCCAAGCUGCAGAAGCUGUCGGCCUCGAAAAACUACUUAGAGAAGCUGUUUGAAGAGGACAGUGCCACGAACUGGAUCGGCCUGCGGAAGCUGCAGGAGCUGGAUGUCUCCGAUAAUAAGCUGACCGAACUCCCGGCGAUGUUUCUUCACGCUUUCAAGUCGCUCCACUGCCUGAACGUCUCCCGGAAUAAGCUCAAGGUGUUUCCAGAGGCCUGGGCCUGCCCGCUGAAGUGCUGCAAGGCGUCCCAGAAUGCCCUGGAGUGUCUGCCAGACAGAAUGGCCGUGUUCUGGAAGAACCACCUGAGGGACGUGGACUUCUCCGAAAACGCACUCCGAGACGUCCCCCUGGGCCUCUUCCAGCUGGACGCCCUGGUGUCCUUGAAGUUGCAGGGCAACCAGCUGGUGUCCGUGCCGCCUCCGGAGAAGUGGACCUGCACUCAGCUGAAGACGCUGGAUCUCUCCAGAAACCAGUUUGGCAGAAAUGAAGAUGGACUGAAAACAAAGCGCAUUUCCUUCUUCACCACCAGAGGGCGCCAGCGGUCGGGGACUGAGACAGCGUGCCCACUGGACUUCCCGGCCUUCCUCAGCGAGUCCCUGGAGGUCCUCUGUCUCAACGACAACCACCUGGACGCCGUGCCGCCCUCGGUGUGCCUGCUGAGGAGCCUGUCGGAGCUCUACCUGGGCAACAAUCCCGGCCUGAGAGAGCUCCCUCCCGAGCUGGGGCAGCUGGGCAACCUCUGGCAACUGGACAUCGAAGACCUGAACAUCAGCAACGUGCCCGCGGAGAUCAGGAAAGAAGGCCCCAAGGCCGUGCUGUCCUACCUGCGCGCCCAGCUGCGGAAGGCGGAGAAGUGCAAGCUGAUGAAGAUGAUCGUGGUGGGGCCCCCGCGCCAGGGCAAGUCCACGCUGCUGGAGAUCCUGCAGACGGGGCGCGCCCCCCAGCUGGCGCACGGCGAGGCCACCAUCCGGACCACCAAGUGGGAGCUGCAGCGGCCCGCGGGCGCCAAAGCCAAGGUUGAGUCCAUCGAGUUCAGCGUCUGGGACAUCGGCGGCCCGGCCAGCAUGGCCACGGUCAACCAGUGCUUCUUCACGGACAAGGCCCUGUACGUGGUGGUGUGGAACCUGGCGCUGGGCGAGGAGGCCGUGGCCAGCCUGCAGUUCUGGCUGCUCAACAUCGAGGCCAAGGCCCCGAACGCGGUGGUGCUGGUGGUGGGAACGCACCUGGACUUGAUCGAAAGCAAGUUCCGCGUGGAGAGGAUCGCGACGCUGCGGGCGUACGUGCUGGCGCUCUGCCGCUCCCCCUCGGGGUCCCGGGCCACGGGCUUCCCGGACAUCACCUUCAAACACCUGCACGAGAUUUCCUGCAAGAGCCUGGAGGGCCAGGAGGGGCUGCGGCAUCUCAUCUUCCACGUCACGUGCAACAUGAGGGACGUGGGCAGCACCAUCGGCUGCCAGCGGCUCGUGGGGAGGCUGGUGCCCAGGAGCUACCUGAGCCUCCAGGAGGCCGUGCUGGCGGAGCAUCAGCGCCGACGCCUGAGCGACGACGUGCAGUACCUGACGGACAGGCAGCUGGAGCAGCUGGUGGAGCAGACGCCCGGCAACGACAUCAGCGACUACGAGGACCUGCAGUCCGCCAUCAGCUUCCUCAUCGAAACGGGCGCGCUGCUGCACUUCCCGGACACCAGCCACGGCCUGCGCAACCUCUACUUCCUGGACCCCAUCUGGCUGGCCGAGUGCCUGCAGCGCAUCUUCAACAUCAAAGGCUCCCGCUCCGUGGCCAAGAACGGGGUGAUCCGGGCCGAGGACCUCCGCCUGCUGCUGGUGGGCACCGGCUUCACGCAGCAGACGGAGGAGCAGUACUUCCAGUUCCUGGCCAAGUUCGAGAUCGCCCUGCCCGUGGCCAACGACAGCUACCUCCUGCCGCAUCUGCUCCCGUCCAAGCCGGGCCUGGACACGCACGGCAUGCGGCACCCCACGGCCAACACCAUCCAGCGGGUGUUCAAGAUGAGCUUCGUGCCCGUCGGCUUCUGGCAAAGGUUCAUCGCGCGGAUGCUCAUCAGCCUGGCCGAGAUGGACCUCCAGCUGUUCGAGACGAAGAAGCACAGCAAGAGCCGGCACAGGAGGGUCACCAUCUACAGCUUCGCCGGGAACCAGCGGAACCGCUGCAGCACCUUCCGAGUGAAGCGGAACCAGACCAUCUACUGGCAGGAGGGGCUCCUGGUCACGUUCGAUGGCGGCUACCUCAGCGUGGAGUCCUCGGACGUGAACUGGAAGAAGAAGAAGAGCGGAGGGAUAAAAAUCAUCUGCCAGUCAGAGAUGAGGGACUUCUCGGCCAUGGCCUUCAUCACGGACCAUGUCAACUCCUUGAUCGAUCAGUGGUUUCCCGCCCUGACGGCCACGGAGAGCGACGGGACGCCCCUCAUGGAGCAGUACGUGCCCUGCCCGGUCUGCGAGGCCUCCUGGGCCCAGCGCGCCGACCCCGGCGAGAAGGCGGAGGGCGUGCAGUACUUCGACAUGGAGGACUGCGUGCUGACGGCCAUCGAGCGGGACUUCAUCGCCUGCCCCCGGCACCCCGACCUCCCCGUGCCCCUCCAGGAGCUGGUGCCCGAGCUGUUCAUGACCGACUUCCCGGCCAGGCUCUUCCUGGAGAACAGCGAGCUGGAGCACAGCGAGGACGAGAGCAGCGUCCUGGGCCAGGGCGGCAGCGGCACCAUCAUCUACCGCGCCCGCUACCAAGGCCGGCCCGUGGCCGUGAAGCGCUUCCAGAUCAAGAAGUUCAAGAACUUCGCUAACGCCCCAGCCGACACCAUGCUGAGGCACCUGCGGGCCACGGACGCCAUGAAGAACUUCUCGGAGUUCCGGCAGGAGGCCAGCAUGCUGCACGCCCUGCAGCACCCCUGCAUCGUGUCCCUCAUCGGCAUCAGCAUCCACCCGCUCUGCUUUGCCCUGGAGCUCGCCCCGCUGGGCAGCCUCAACACCGUGCUGUCCGAGAACGCCAAAGAUUCUUCCUUCAUGCCCCUGGGCCACAUGCUCACCCAGAAGACCGCCUACCAGAUCGCCGCGGGCCUGGCCUACCUGCACAAGAAGAACAUCAUCUUCUGUGACCUGAAGUCGGACAACAUCCUGGUCUGGUCUCUGGACGUCAAGGAGCACGUGAACAUCAAGCUGUCGGACUACGGCAUCUCCAGGCAGUCCUUCCACGAGGGCGCCCUGGGCGUGGAGGGCACGCCCGGCUACCAGGCCCCGGAGAUCAGGCCGCGCAUCGUGUACGAUGAGAAGGUAGACAUGUUCUCCUACGGGAUGGUGCUCUACGAGCUGCUGUCGGGACAGCGGCCCGCGCUGGGCCACCACCAGCUGCAGAUCGCCAAGAAGCUGUCCAAGGGCAUCCGCCCGGUCCUGGGGCAGCCGGAGGAGGUGCAGUUCCAUCGGCUGCAGGCGCUCAUGAUGGAGUGCUGGGACACGAAGCCCGAGAAGCGGCCGCUGGCCCUGUCCGUGGUGAGCCAGAUGAAGGACCCGACCUUCGCCACCUUCAUGUACCAGCUGCCCUGUGGGAAGCAGACCGCCUUCUUCUCGUCCCAGAGCCAGGAGUACACAGUGGUCUUCUGGGACGGGAAGGAGGAGUCCAGGAACUACACGGUGGUGAACACGGAGAAGGGCCUCCUGGAGGUGCAGCGGAUGGGCUGCCCGGGCAUGAGGCUCAGCUGCCAGAUCAAGGUCCAGAACGCCCUGUGGACGGCCACCGAGGACCAAAAGAUCUACAUCUACAGCCUCAAGGGCAUGUGCCCCUUAAACACGCCGCAGCGGGCCUUGGACACGCCGGCCGUGGUCACCUGCUUCCUGGCGGUGCCGGUGUUGAAGAAGAAUGCCUUCCUGGUGCUGGCGGGCCUGGCGGACGGGCUGGUGGCGGCGUUCCCCGUGGCCCGGGGCGCCCCCGAGGACAGCUGCUCCUACCUGUGCUCGCACACGGCCAACAGGUCCAAGUUCAGCAUCCCGGACGAGGACGUGCGGCAGAACCCCUACCCCGUGACGGCCAUGGAGGUGGUGAACAGCGGGUCCGAGGUCUGGUACAGCAACGGGCCGGGCCUGCUGGUCAUCGACUGCGCCGGCCUGGACAUCAGCCGGCGGCUGGAGCCCUACGCGGCCCCGUCGGCGGUCGCCUCGCUCGUGUGCAGCUCGGACUGCGGGGGCGAGGAGGCGGUCUGGUGCCUGGACGACAGGGCCAGCCUCUUGGUCAUGUACCACGCGGCCACCUACCAGCUGUGCGCCCGCUACUUCUGCGGGGACCCCAGCCCCGGGAGGGACCUGUUUCCCGUGCGCCCCUCGGGCCUGGAGCCGCCGGACGGCCACGUGGCCAGCGGGCAGGAGCCCGAGGCAGGCACCAUCGCCGACGUGAGCAUCAUGUACAGCAAGGAGCUGGGCACGCAGAUCCUGACGCACCAGGACUCCCUGACCGACUACUGUUCCGUGUCGUCGUACGCCUCGUCCCCCCCGCGGCAGGCCCCCCUGUCGCCGGACAGUUCCUCCAGCGUCCUCUUCUCCACCGACGGGGAGGGCUCGGACCGGCUGCUCGAGCCCACGGCCGGUUCCGACAGGUCCGAGCAGGAGCUGAGCCCCGUGGACGGCGAGGCUUUCAGCCAGCACCUGCAGGCCGUGAAGGUCUUGGCGGUGAAGGACGUCAUCUGGGUGCCCAGGCGCGGCGGCGAUGUUAUCGUCAUCGGCCUGGAGCGGGACGCGGGCGCCCAGCGGGGCCGAGUCAUCGCCGUCUUGAAAGCCCGGGAGCUGACUUCAAGGGGGGCCCUCGUGGACGCGGCCGUGGUGGCCAAGGACACGGUGGUGUGUGGCUUUGAGGACGAGCACGGCGAGUGGUGCCUGGCGGUGUGGCGGGGCUGGGGCACCCGGGAGUUCGACGUCUUCUUCCAGGCCUUCGAGGAGCUGGGCCGGCUGGAGGCCUGCGGGCGCAAGAGGAGGUAGUGCCCGCGGGGGGAGGAGGAGCGUGGCUGGGACCUGGCUGGCCCAGGCCUGCGGGCUGCCCCCUCCGCCUGCCGCCGGCCACAGCCCUCCUCGGCGGACCCAGAAGAGAAGCCGAGUUCUUGCUGCUAAGAAGUGCGGAGACGUCCCCGCCCCAGCCCUGGCCGGUGUGGCGCAGUGGCUAGAGCGUGUCGGGCCUCCUGCAGACAGAAGGGUCCCGGGUUCGAUUCCGGUCAAGGGCACGUACCUCGGUGGCAGGCUCCUCCCAGGCCCUGGUCGGGGCUCGUGCAGGAAGCAACCCAUCGAUGUGUCUCUCUCACAGCGAUGUCCCUCUCUGUCUCUCCCACUCUGUCUAAAAAGCAAUGGGAACCGGUUUGGCUCAGUGGAUAGAGCGUCGGCCUGCGGACUGAAGGGUCCCGGGUUCGAUUCCGGUCAAGGGCAUGUACCUUGGCUGCGGGCACAUCCCCAGUAGGGGGUGUGCAGGAGGCAGCUGAUCGAUGUUUCUAACUCUCUAUCCCUCUCCCUUCCUCUCUGUAAAAAAAUCAAUAAAAUAU